AUGUCUGGUAGUUCAAACAAAGUUGAAGCUGUAAUCAAAGAGUGUAAACGUCUUAUUGACCUUACAUCAAAUGCUGUUGUGCAAGAAAAGUUAAAAGAACUUUUGGAGUCAUCUAACAAUGAACUUGCCAGUUUACGAUCAGCUGAAAAAUUGGCUGCUGAAAAGGGACAACAGCAAACUUCUAAACCACUUCGUCCUUUAACUAAGAUAACAAAUUAUUCUUAUGAGGACAACGAAUCUAAAUUAAAACUUUAUUUGAAUAUUUCUGGAGCUAAAGAAGCACCUGCUGAAUCGUUCCAACUUAAUGUUGAAAGUAAUUCAGUAUGUUUCAAAGCAACAAAUGUUAAUGGACGUGAUUACGAAUUUAUUCUCAAGGGACUUUUUGAUAAAGUUAUUCCAGAAGAGUGCAAUUUUAAACAAAAAACAGAUAUGAUUUUGAUUACAUUGUCGAAAGCCAAAAAAGAGAAAUGGACCUCUGUCUUGAAGUUAAAUGAGAAAAAGAAAAAUGCUUUCAGUGCUGCUGGCGAUGAAUCCAAUCCUCAAGAAAGUAUUAUGAAUUUAAUGAGAGAAAUGUAUGAAAACGGCGACAACGAAAUGAGAAAGACUAUCGGUGAGGCUAUGUUGAAAGCCAGAGACAAACCUGGUAGUCUCGGAAGUGAAUUUAUGAAUCAAUAA